GGUGAGCAAGGCGAGUGAAGCCGAAGGAAAAAAUGCUUGUGCAAAUGGACUCUCGCGAUUAGGGAAAAAACAGGUUAUUGCUACACCAGAAGGCUUACACCAGUCUACCUUCUUGGUACAGAACUCUUCUUUAAGGCAUGACAAGCCUUGAUUUGGUCUUCGAUGAGGAUGCAAACACAACAAACCAUCCUAUAGUAUCUCAAAAAUACUGCUACGAUUUGAACAGAAACAGCUCCUUCGUUCACUACGACGACAUCGAUGGAGGAGUGCCUCAAAUCUUCGGCCUUAACAUCUUAGGAUGGGCGAUUAUAAUAGUGCUUUUUUGUGUUAUUCGUCGACUGGUUUGGGACUAUGGAAGGCUAGCAGUGUCACAGAAAGAGGAUCAGGGAUGGACAUCAUUGUUUUAUGGGCAGACUAAUAGUUCUUCCAAAGAAAAACCAGACCAAGACACACCAAUCAAGUUUCCUGAAGUUAAAAAUAAGGAUCUGUUGUCAUGGAUACCAGUGUUAUUCAAGGUCAAAGACGAGCAUAUCCAUAUGAAGUGUGGGGUGGAUGCAUUACAGUACAUUCAGUUCCAGAAGCAUCUUAUCAUCUAUACUGUGAUUAUAUUCUGCUUGUCUAUUGGAAUCAUUCUUCCUGUAAACUACUCUGGAACCAAUGAGCCAUACAGGAACAGCUUUGGAGCCACUACUGUGUCCAACCUGGACGUACAAUCCCAUGAAUCUGGCAUUCUCUGGUUGCAUUGCACCUUCUCAUUCAUUUACAUGAUCAUUUUAAUGGUCAUUUUGCAUCAUUUUAUGUCGUUGUUUAAAUUUGAGAGCAAGCAUGAUUCAACCCAUAGUGUGAUGAUAACCAAUAUACCCAAGAAUGUCACCAAGGAGAUGAUUGAGAAGCACUUUGUUGAGGUUUACGGUGACGAAGAAAUCGAAGAGGUCCAACUGGCAUAUGACUGUGGCAAACUAGACAAAAUCCAAAGGAAAAUAGAAGCUGCGCGCCUUGGACUAGAGCACUGCGAAGAGACUUACCAGAUUACAGGAGAACGACCCAUUACCACUGUCAGCACGCGCAAAUGCUGUCCUUGCUGCACGUGCUGUGGUGCUCUGCACGUGGAUGGAAUUGAUUAUUUUACUGAGGAGGAGGAAGAGGCUAAAAAACAGUUUGAAGAUACCAAGGGAUCGCUGAAAAGUUUGGGUGUUGCAUUUGUUACUUUUGUGAAGGAAUCUACGACCUUGAAGUGUCUAAAAGAUUUCAAUAUCAUCAAGCAUGGGAGCCCAGAAUCAUCAGUUUCUCGCAAGAUCUUCUCUGAUCAUUGGAAUGUAGCUGUUGCGCCCAAUGCAGGUGACAUCCUGUGGGAUCAUCUAUCCGUGGACCCUGAGAGCUGGUGGGCAAGAGCGCUGAUCAUCAAUAUCGUGUUGUUUAUCUUCGUAUUGUUUGUGACCACACCCACUGUCAUGAUUACUAUGGUCUAUCAAUUCAAGACUUAUGUCCAGUCCAAAAACCCCAAACUAGUGAUCACACCAAAUCCUUUCUUCACCCAGUUUCUUCCCACUAUCAUGCUGUGGACGUUCUCUGCUACUCUCCCUGCUGUUGUCUCUUAUUCUAGUUAUUUUGAAGCUCAUUGGACAAGGUCUAAAAGGGAACAUUCAGUUAUGAUCAAGACCUACAUAUUCUUGUUGCUGAUGGUGAUCUUUUUGCCAUCACUUGCACUUACCAGCGCUGACACCCUCUUCCGCCUGACGUUUACUGGAAGCCCAAAUUUCACCAAACAGCUGGCGUGUGCAUUUAUGCCCAAUAAUGGUGCGUUCUUCGUGAACUAUUUAGUGACCUCAGCUCUUAUUGGUACGGCUCUUGAGCUGUGUCGCUUCCCUGAGCUAGCAUCAUACUUCGUGCGCAUGUGUUUUGCCCGACACGAUGGCGAGAAGAGACUCGUCAGGAAGGAAUCUGUAGCAGAGUUUGCCUUCGGUCAUCAAUACGCAUGGAUGAUCGUCAUCUAUUCCGUCAUGGCCGUCUAUUCCAUUACUUGUCCCCUGGUUACACCCUUUGGUUUAUUAUACUUGAUAUUAAAGCAUCUAGUUGACCGGUAUAACCUGUACUUCAACUAUCGCUCUCCUGCCUACAAGUACGUGGAUCCGUCAGUACACACCACGGCAGUCUCUAUCACCAUUAUCUCGACCUUCUUCCUCAUGCUUUCCAUCCUGUUCUUUGGCGUUGUACAACUAGGUAUCAAUGAUCCUCAGACUAUCUUCACCCUUGUACUGGUGAUACUUACUAUUAUUGCUUUGAUUGCACGACUUUUCUUUGGUGUUUUCAAGAAACUCGGACCCUUUAAGCAGCGAUUACAAACCGACGAAGAGGAAAACAUUACAGAAAAAUAUAUGCCGGAGGCAUAUCUUCCGCCUGUUUUACGCACCAAACGAGAGGGUAACACAUCUAGUGAUGAUUCCAGUCCAUCACAGCUCACUCGGCGAAAGACCUACGGCAGUACCAGUUCACCACAGCCAAAUGAUCACGUGAUCGACGCUACAAAUUUAACGCCAAGUACAGAGACGGUGGUAUCCAUGGGAGACGAAGAAAAAUAAUCAUAAAUUAGUUCUAUUUUCAAUUUGUCAAUUGUAUUUUUUUGAUGUUUACAUCGGUGUAGACAUUUUAAAUUUCAAUUUGGGAGAAGAGGAAAAUGCUUAUUUAAUUGCAUUUAUUAUAUUCUCUCCCAGCUUUCGUUUCUUAUGUCACAUGAUAAAUCGUAUUCUACAAGAAUAUAAAUCGUAUUCUACAAGAAUAUAAUCUAGUUCAUUGGUUUUUCGAGCAUUGAAAAUAAAGAUCCCACAACAUUGCUUGACGAAGGCUUUCUAAAGCCUGAGCGGGUCAGCGUAAAUUUAAAAUAAGAAUUACCAUUCAAUUUCUCGUGCCUCUGGGAAUAAUUCAUUCAUUACUUUAAAUUUUUCCAGACUUCCGCGAGUGACGUCAUGGCCACUAUGUUGGUGGAAUUCGUUAAAAUAAUUUGUUGUGGGUUUGUUUUGUUAUAACAACCAACAUGGCGGCUUUCUUUGCUAAGAAUUACACUGUGACAUUUCAUUGGACGUGAUAACGUUUCCCGCCAUUUGGCGGAUUCCAAGUAAAAGUCAUUUGAGUGCCGUGAUAUAGGUAGAAUUUGCUGUUAUUAUUGGACGUAUAACGUUUCCCGCCGUUUUGUGAAUUGCACGUGGAAGCCAUUUUAGGGUCGUGGAAGCCAUCUGAUUGUCGUGGUAUAAGUAGAAUAAGCUGUUAUUAUUGGACGUGAUAAUGUUUCUUGCCAUUUGGCGGAUUCCAAGUGGAAGCCAUUUGAGUGUCGUAUAUGUAAAAUCUAAGGUUAAACUUAGCUGAAAAGUAAAGCGGACUUUACGUCUCUAC